AUGGCCUUCCAGCAGCUGCAGGGACCUGCCAAGUUACAAGAAGUGACACAAUUGCUGCAGUCUCUGGAAACAGACUUGCAAGACAAAAAUUUAACCUGCGUCAACAUGGCACGAGUCCUACCGACGCGAGUCCAAUCUACUGCAGUAAAGUACAAGCCACCACGCCUAACUUUGGACAAACUGGGCAUCGGAAUACUAGCGCGGUAUGGAAUAGAUGGGGAGACACCUGAUGUACGCCGGGCGGCUUUGCGAUGCGUUGCCAACGCUCUGCUGCUUGAUGGAAAAAUGCGACAGGUCUUUGUGGAUACAGGGUAUGCGGGUAAACUGGCCGAACGACUUAGGACCGACAACUCUGAGGAUGAAAUGGUCGCCAGCCGCAUCCUCUUCCUGAUCACGUACGAUACCAAUAUCAACUUUGACGAUCUGAUCAAGAAUCAUUCUCUGGGUGAUAACGUGAACUAUCAAAUGAGUCGACACGCGAAACAGUUUCCCAAGUCCGGGAAGCAGCAGUUAACUCAAAUGGAUGAGCUCGCUCUUAUUGACACCCUCAAAGUGAUCUUCAACGUUUCAAAAAUUUACCCCGAUCUCUCUGGAACAUUCUCGCCAUCUAUUCCGUCCAUUUUAAAGAUCAUCAGCCGCAUGGAGAUUCCAGCAAAGGCCCUAGAUGGCCUAGUCAGCUACCUGAUCAAUUCUCUGUCCGUGCUUGACCUGGAGGGGAAGAAAGGCAAAUUGGAGAAUAACCCACUAUUCCCAACAUUCAAUCAGAACUGCAAUGUGGACAAGUUAAUCAACAUUCUUGAUCAAGCUGUGUUAACAUAUCCCCCGGAGGAACUAGAAGAGAAGGCCGUCCCACUUCUACACUCCCUCAUUAUCAUCCACGAAAUAGCACCUGAGGGGUCGCGAAAAUACAUGCAGUGGCUUCUGCUGCCUGAAGAUAACGACCGCAGCCAGCCGAUUGGACGAUCAGACACACUAGCGUCAAGGCUAUUGAAACUUUCAACCACUCCUUACCCAAAUCUCAAGACGAGUAUUUCGGAGUUGAUGUUUGUCCUUUCUGGCAAGAACCCUGAGAACCUUACUCGCCGGAUUGGCUACGGGUUUGCUGCCGGGUUCCUUGCAUCUCGUGGACUGGAGAUCCCGCAAAAUGCUAGUGAAGCCUUCGCUACAAACGCUGAGGGUGUGAGUUCAGAAGUCAACCCCAUCACAGGGCAACGAUGGGCUGCAGAGCCCGAGGACACGGGCCCACCAAUGACCCAGGAAGAGAAGGAGGAGAGAAGCGGAGCGACUCUUUGUUCUGUUCGAAAGAUGGCCGAACUUCUCAUACUAAGUAACUUCAGGGCGCGCGCAAAUGGUAUUCUAAAAAUGGAGAACCCCGUAGCUCAGGCUGUACGCGAGGGACGAUUCGAGGAAUUACCCGACGAUGCUGAUAGCGACUGA